AUGAGGCCAGCAAACACAACCUCAACCUCUAGCACUCCAUUUUUGCGAUGGAGUUCCCCAUUCCCUCACCUCUUUAUGAUCUUAGGUUUGAUGUUAGGACUCAUCACCAUAGCAUUAAUUAUUCUGGUUUGUUCACACCGGAAACAAUCUUUCAACUUGCCAAUUGAAGCUGAAGAGAAGCCUGUGACAAUCAAACCUACCAAAACCGAGGCCGAUCUGGCGCCAACGGUCGUCGUCAUCAUGGCCGGAGAUGACAAACCCAUGUACCUGGCAGCGCCGGUCUCUUCUUCAACUUCCUGUACCGGACAUGUCUGA